AACUCUCGCGAGAGUUCAGAGGUAAACACGUUAUGGCGGACGAAGACCGUCUCAUACAGGACACUGACAGUACACGAAACCGCCGACCAUCCAACACAGAAUUUGAUGAAUUCUAUGAAUCAGGGGGUAUAAUUCCCGAAAACCCUUCUAGUUCAGAAAGAGAACUUAAUUCUGUUCGUCAGCAAAAAGUUCUAUGGCAAUAUAACUAUCAGGAAGCUGCCAUUUUUCUUGAAGAAGGCAUCAACAAUGACAAGUUUAAAACACACCCUAGGACUUUUGAUGCUCUUCCAGCAUACGCCCUUGCUCAUAACAAGUGGUAUUACUUAAUGGACCUGUUGGCAUCAUUACUGUUGUUGGGGCUUAUUUUUUGUGAAUCCCCUGCAGUGCCUUUUCUGAAGCUACCAAUUGGUGCCCAUGCUUCAUUGGAGCUGUUUGGUUUGGCCUUGCUGUCAGUUGAGCUUGGACUCAAAUUGCGAUGGCAGGGAGUGAAAACAUUUUUCAGUCAUAAGAGGACCUUGUUCAAGACCUUGCUUUUAUUUCUUAUGUUUACUGAGGCAAUAGUAGUACUUAGUAGACAGAGCAAUCAUUUCCGAGUGACACGGGCUCUCAGACCACUAUUUCUUUUAGACUCGCAUUAUGCAAGAGGUGUUAGAAGGUUUGUGCGGCAGAUUUUACAGUCCUUGCCUCCAAUUUUAGACAUGAUAGCACUGUUGUUAUUUUUUAUGUUGAUAUUUUCAAUAUUAGGAUUUUACUUGUUUUCAACCAAUCCAGAUGAUCCGUUUUUCAAGACUAUACAGAGUAGUUUUAUAAGCUUGUUUGUACUUUUAACAACAGCAAAUUAUCCAGAUGUGAUGAUGCCAUCUUAUGCCCAGUCCAAAUGGUCUUGCCUGUUUUUUGUGGUAUAUUUGUCUAUAGAGCUGUAUUUUCUAAUGAGUCUGUUGCUAGCUGUGGUGUAUGAUACAUUCAAUACAAUAGAAAAGACCAAGUUGAAGAAACUAUAUAUGCACAAAAGGAAAGCAUGUGAAUAUGCUUUUAAGCUCCUGGUGACCAAAAAACAUCCUGACAAGAUAAGGUUGAAGGCGUUUGUGGGUUUCAUGAAAUAUUACAAACCGAGGAAAACUCCCAAGGAAGUCUACUUAAUAUUUAAAUAUCUUAACAAAAGCAGCACUGGAAGUCUAACAAGUGAAGAGUUCCACGAUAUUUAUAAUGUUUGUGAACUACAGUGGAAGCCAAGACAUCAGGCAAAUCAACUUUGGUCAUCAAAUUUUCAUUAUCCCUUUAACAAAUUAUUUAAAUAUCUCAAUGCACUUGUUACUUCUCGAUGGUUUGACUAUGCAAUAUAUGUGAUAAUAGCUGUUAACUUUGUAUGGAUUCUUGUGGAAACAAUACAGAUCUCAGCUUGGCCAUAGUGAUGUUGCUAUCUUUCUACUUCUUUUCUGUGAUUGGGAUGGAGAUAUUUGCUCCAUAUACAGACAAAAUGGUGAACUGUUGCAAAAACACAUCGGUUGCUGAUUACUAUACAAAAACCAAUUCCAGUGAUGGGUUUUAUUAUCUCAACAACUUUGAAAAUGUAAUGAGCAGUGCAGUUACUCUGUUUGAGUUAACAGUAGUAAAUAAUUGGUUUAUUAUCAUGGAAGGGUAUGCAUCAGUGGUCUCUGAAUGGAGCCGGAUUUACUUCAUGCUGUUUUACUUAUCAAUGAUGGUGGUGAUGAAUAUUGUUGUUGCAUUCAUUCUGGAAGCCUUCAUCUUCAGAAUUCAAUACAGGAAGAAUGUGGAUGAUGAUAUGGAUGACCAUGCAGUGGUUAAAUUAGAAGUCACACUUCACCCAGAAGAAGUGGUGAUGGUGGAUAGUCGGGGAGGACAUCUUUCUGAUUAUUAUAUGAGGAAUGCUGUAUUUGAACAGCAUGUACAAGAAGGCCAUGGGACUGUGUUCAGAGGGGAGAGAAUUCGCAGCAAGGAAGACUUCAGCAUAAAGAUGUAUGAAGAUGAAGUGAAGGAAUGGAUAGCAGAAGAGACUGAGCAGCGGCAACAGUAUGAGCUUCAAAUGCAAGAAAUGAGAAGGCAAUCCCAACAAAAUGGUUUACAAAUCAUGCAGCCAGAUCUCAUAGCAGAUGAUCAUUAUGAACGUUCCAGAACUAGCACAUAUUGACAAUGUGUUAUUAAUCACUUCUUCACUCGUGGGCACAGUUAAAUUCACCAGUGGUGUACAAUACAGUAGUAGUGACAUGGGUGUUACAAACCCAUUACCAGAGACAGCAAAUGAAAACCUUGUUAUAUUUAAUUGCUCUUUCAAAAUUGCCAGGUUAUAUGUAUUACAUUUCAAUUUUUGUUAACUUGUGUGUCU